AUGAGACCAAGACCACCACGUCCAAUUCAUUCAGGAGAAAGACCACCAAGACCUCAUCCUGAACACUCUGGAAUAAGACCAAGACCAUCUGGAGGACACAAACUCCAUCCACAGCCAAGACCUUCAGGAAUGAGACCACGUCCAUCUUAUGCUCGUCCAAGACCUUCUGGACCAAAACCUCCUCCACCAAAAGAUUCUACAACUAUUGAGCCAGACAAUGAUAUUGCUCAAAAUCAAACUGGAGAAAUUUACCAUGGAGAAAAGGAAGGAAAUGAAUUGACAAUGGAAAUUAUCAUCUUUUCUAGUGUUGGAGCUGGAAUUUUAUUGAUUGGAGUUGUAAUUGCUAUUGCUCUUGUUAAUUUCUUGAUUUUGAAAAAUAACAAGACUAAAUUUCAAACUCAUACUGAACUUGUGGAUGAUGAAGCUGAUACUACAAGAAUUUUGGGUAUUAACGAUGGAUCUGUUCAUGCCUAA